AUGUUUUCAAUUAUGGGAUAUAUUAUAAACGAUGUAUAUUUAACAUCCUCUAUGAUAAUUUUUCGAAAUUUAGGAAACCUACUUUAUAAUAUAGGCUUGUCAGCUGAUAUUGCAAGAACCAUAGUUAAGUCAAUUGGUUACCAAAUUGAUUAUUCUUCGCAAAAUGCUCCAUUUUUAAAUGCUAUGUACGAACUGCAAACUAUUCAAAAUAAUAUUUUAUCAGAUUUUAAGAAAUGAGAGUUUUGUGCUGCCUCAAAUAUUGUAACUGAUUCUUUGAUUCCAUUAUGGACUUUCGAUGAAAAUUUGCCAAAAAUAAUCAAUAAAAACAUGUAUAACGCAAUAGAAAGUUUUGUAUUUCACGUAAGCGGUAUUUAGAUAAAAAGCAUGAUUUAUGCCCUAGAAAAUAAUCAAACUUAUAUCAAUCAUGCUAAAUUUCUAAUUAUUAAUGGAAUAGGCCAGACUUAUGAUUAUUUUAAUCAUACUAUCCUAGAUUUAGAAAAUUGUGCUGUGAAUCGUAUAGAGACAAUAGGAGAUAUAAUCUAUACCUUGAUUUUUUGAGGGUUUGCCGCGCUUGGGAUCUUAUUGUUAAUCGUUUUUAUAUUUAUUUAUCUUACUGCAAAAAAAAUUGAUGAAUUUUGGAAUUUUUUUAUAAAAAGCACACAAAUUCAAUUAAUGAGAUUAAAAACUGAAGCCAUAGAAAGGCUUGGAUAUGCUCAUAAUACUGAGGUAAAUAUCGAAGAAAGUAUAAAUUCAAGCUUGAAUAAAAAGAAGCACAGAGUACGGACGUUGAUUGAGAUAAAUUUUACGUGGAGAAUUCUUGUAUUUUUUAUUAUAUCUGCUUCGUAUUAUUUUGUGAUAUAUUUUUAUUUAUAUCCAGACUGUCAAAGCUAUAUGAAAAAUAGGCCGAGAUUAUUAAAUAAUUUUAAUAUAAGAAGGUCUUUAGUUUCAAGGGUAUGCAUGCUAUCUAGAGAUGUCUAUACUCCUUGAUUCAAUAAAAAUUUUUUAUUAUCCUAUGGCUUUGCGAACUCAAAUUUUCUUGUGGAUCUCAAUGCAAAAAUCCUUACUCCCUUCGCGAGCGAACAAAACCAUUGGAAUCGCUAAUUUUUUUGCCAAAAAAAAAAGUCAGUGAGCGAACAAAAAUUUUAGCACAAAAAACAAUUUUGAUAUAUAAGUUACUAUUAGUAUAAUGAAAUUCUGUUUAAUUUUACCAAAUUUCAAAUAUAAAUUUUUAAAUUAAAUUAAUAUUUGCUUUCUAAUUGGGAUUUUUUUGAAAAAAAAUUAUAUAAAAAUUUAUAUAUAAAUUUUAAAGAAUUAACCUCAACAAACAAUUAUUUUGUUCGCUCACAGAGGGGGGAGAGUGAGAGAAAAAAAUAAAGAACUUCGAGAAGAAAAACUCAUGAAAAUGAUGUCUAAAGAGCUGAAGCAAAGGAUUUUUGAAAGCACCAAUACUACGACCCCAAUAUUAAAAUUUGGCACUGAUACAGCGGUGGAGAUUUCUAUUUAUGAUUCUACGAAUAUUGCGUAUACAUCUUAUAUUCCUGCAGAACUUAUAUUAAAAUAUGUAGCUUAUUUGCAAAUAGUUCAAAAUAAUAUUGGUAUAGAAUUUGAGUUAGCCGAUAAUGAUUCUUAUAAUGCUAUAAAUUAUCAGUUGAAUAUUAUUAUAGCAACUACUGCAGUAUACUCAAUUAUCUUCUGUGCACUAUUUUUUAUUUAUUAUUUGCCGUUUCUUCAUUAUCAAAUAAAGCUGCUUAAUUUGCUUUCAUACCUGAUUGAGGUUCUAGCAAUAGAUUAG